AUGGCACUUCCUACUUCGAAAAUAGUUCCCACCACAAACGAAAUUGCUCGAGAACUCGAUGAGAUUUACAAGGAUCUACAUGAGUUUGACUUUACAAUUGAAGUGCCUGAAAUCCUCGUCAAAGAGGGUAGCCUACAAAAGGAGAAACUGAUAUCAAUUGAUCCAAUUUCAUUGCGAGAAUCAUCCAUGGGAGAAAUAAGCUUCAACAUGAUGUUUCCACCUCCGUUGUUCCCCGCAAAGCACAAGUUCUUAAGCUAUAGCCUUCCUAACUCUGCUACUUCCUCCCCUCGAUUUGGCUCGAUCUUGUCGAGGAAGAACUCGAAAACCGAAAGCCAAGCAUCGCCUUGGCUGGUCAAAAAGCACCCAUCACCGAAAAACAGCCAGUUUUUGGAAAGCAAGUCUUGUGGAGAUGGAAGAACACGUGCAGCAUCAGAUGAAGUUGAUGAUCUUUGGCUGUACCAGGCAAGGAAGCAUCGACAUGGAAGUUUAAUCUCCAAUCUCAAUGUAAGUAACAAUGGUGGUCAUCGUCGAAAGGACAGUGAGGAGGUGGAUGGUAGUGAAGUCGACUUCAAAUGCAGUGCCCUUUGCUUGUUCAUACCAGGGUUUAAAAAGGCCAAGCAAGUAAGGCCUAGAAAAGAAGUAACGAUGAUGGAGAAUAAUAAUAAUGUGAUAUCAAAAACAGUUUCCCUGGAAAAGUUUGAAUGCGGAUCAUGGGCUUCAUCAACAAUAAUACCAGAGCGUGAUGUUGAUGAUGGCGACUCCAUGAAUCUCUUCUUUGAUCUUCCAUUGGAGUUGAUUAAAAACCUUGGGAACGAUUCCGAUUUACCGGUUUCUGCUGCUUUCGUGUUUGAUAAUAUGGAUGUAAAAAGAGUUUUAAAAAAUGGUUCGACUCAAAUAAGAUCAACAGGAAGGAAAUCACACGAAUCAUCAUCGAGGCAUGUCAGGUUCUCUACAUCGUCACCAACAUUGUCCCCUGCCUCACCUGCUUGCAUAACACCUCGCUUGCGUAAGGCUAGGGACGAUUUUAAUGGUCUCUUAGAAGCACAAAGUGCAUGAAAUUUUCUUACUCGAUAUUGUGUCCUUUUUUUGGUAACAUGUAUGAGUUUUUCUUUACGCUCUUUAUUUU